CUUGUGUGGCACCAGGCAGCAUGUUGCAGUGAGCGUGUGGAAAGAAUGAGGGAAAGAGGAGGAAAGAAGCCGUCUGGAAACACCCACCUUGCAGCUCCUGCUCGCCCAGCCUGGGCAGGGAAAAUGCUCAGCUAUCCACCUCCUCUCACUCUGAGCAUCCCCUGGCUGGGGAAAGUUACAACAUAGAAAGCAGCAGGUGCAGGACAGGCUUCAGGCUAUUGUGUGAGCGUCGCUCUCCCGGUGUCCCUGGCUGCUAACGAGCUGUGAUUUUCCCUGCCAUUCCUGUCCAGCUGGAUCGCUGUAUUUGCUGCUGAGUUAUGGAUGGGCAGAAGUGGAUGAGCGUUCCCGUGCUGUGAGGGAUAAUAAGCAGAGCGUUUGGGAAUCACAGCAGCCCCACACCCAGUGGCUGUUACUCAGGUGCAGGGAUAUUACGGGCAGAGCUGGGAGCUGCAGCACUUUCCAAAGUCACUUCCCCGGCUGCUGAUUCCUUUUCCCAGGCAGCCUCCAGUAGGAUUGGGAGAAGCCGAGACUGCUGGGUUACUCCUGGGCAAAGGAAACACUACGGAGCCAGAUUAGAGCUGGAGUUGGUAUAUGUAUUCAGAAUUACAUAAGAAGAUUGUAUGGGACUACUAACUGGAACCGGCAGAUGCCGUGCAUGAAGGUCACUGGUGAGCACUGCACCUAUAUUGGUCCAUUAGGCUCAUCCAGGAGCAAACGAAGGGGAGGAGGAGUUGCUGGAUAUUUCCAAGGAUAAGUUCUGGUCACUUUGUUGCUGGGAACCAGACAGGAGCUAUGUCCCAGCCGGCAGACAGAAUGCACUCAAAGAAAGCGGGGAUCCGGGCGGCUGUGGUGCUCAUUGGGUUACUGCACAAGUCACGGAAACAGAACCGGGAGAGAAGGAAACAGGAGCUGUCCAACACUUCAGAAGUGACCCUUCCUGAACGGCCUGCUUCGCCACCUGCUACUGCUCCUCCAACCAUGAAGUCGGCUGAGUUCUUUGAGAUGCUCGAAAAGAUGCAGGUUCCAAAACUGGAAGAGCAGAAAAGUGGAAGCCAGAAAAAUAAGGAAGACUACAUACCAUAUCCCAGCAUUGAGGAGAUCCUUGAGAAGGACAUGCCUUAUCCACUUAUUAUCCUGCCUCAGUUUGGAGGUUACUGGAUAGAAGACCCGGAAAAUGUCAGCACCCCAACAUCAUCAGACAGCAGCAUAUGUGAUGAUGAAGAAGAGCCAAUAAGCCCCAGCACCUACGGAUAUAAACUUGAAUACAAAGGCUCUGCUCGAGCUUAUAGAAAGCAUUUUAUGGGCAAGGAUCAUUUGAACUUUUACUGCACGGCCAGCAGCCUAGGAAACUUGAUACUUUCGGUUAAAUGUGAAGAAUCUGACGGCAUUGAAUAUUUGCGAAUAAUACUCAGGUCCAAAGCAAAAACUUUACACGAACGAAUCCCAUUGUCCGGAUUUAGUAAGCUUCCCAGCAUUCCCCAGAUUGCUAAGGCAUUAUGUGAUGAUGCAACUGGACUCAAAUUCAAUCCUGUUCUAUACCCCAAGGCCUCCCAGUUAAUCGUUGCUUAUGAUGAACAUGAAAUUAACAACACUUUCAAGUUUGGGGUUAUAUACCAGAAAUAUAAGCAGACAUCAGAGGAAGAAUUAUUUGGCAACAGUGAAGAAAGUCCUGCCUUCAAAGAGUUCAUGGAUUUACUUGGAGACGCAGUCUUACUCCAAGACUUCAAAGGGUUCCGUGGAGGACUUGAUGUAGCACAUGGACAGACAGGCACAGAAUCCAUUUACACUGUGUUCCGAGAAAAGGAGAUCAUGUUUCACGUGUCUACCAAAUUGCCAUUCACUGAAGGAGAUACACAGCAGUUGCAACGGAAAAGACACAUUGGUAAUGAUAUUGUGGCGAUUAUCUUUCAAGAGGAAAACACCCCUUUUGUGCCAGACAUGAUUGCAUCCAACUUUUUGCAUGCUUACAUUGUUGUGCAAGUUGAAAACCCAGAGGCUGAUAUCACAAUGUACAAGGUAUCUGUGACUGCCAGAGAAGAUGUACCAUCAUUUGGGCCUCCACUGCCAAACCCACCAGUAUUUCACAAAAAUUCCGAGUUUCGUGAAUUUUUGCUGACCAAGCUCAUUAAUGCAGAACAUGCAUGCUGCAAGUCAGACAAGUUUGCAAAGCUUGAGGAUCGGACAAGGGCAGCACUUUUGGACAACCUUCACGAUGACCUUCAUGUACACACACAAGCCAUGCUAGGCCUGGGUCCUGAGGAAGACAAGUUGGAGAAUGGUGCUCACGGUGGAUUCCUGGAGUCAUUUAAGAGAGCAAUACGAGUUCGAAGCCAUUCCAUGGAAACUAUGGUGGGAAGUCAGAAGAAACACCAGUCUGCCGGGAUUUCCGGAAGCCUCAGUGGAGGAAUUGUUCAUACAAGUGCCGAAAUCACCAAAACGACCUUCUCUCCUCCUGCUGUUGUCACCAAGACACAGUCUAAGAGCCCAAUAAAAAGGAGAUCCGGUCUAUUCCCUCGUCUGCACACAGGGUCAGAAACACAGGCAGAAACCCGGACUCGCAGCGACAGUGUCACUGCACCACAGAAAAGCACAGAUUCUGCACCUACCACCCAGGAUGUAAAAUCUGAAACCUCGUCCAACCCCAGCUCCCCCGAGAUAGGCCCUAACAAAGAAAGGCCCUUCAGCAAACUGAAAGAAAAUGGAAAGUCCAAUAUAUCCCGUUCUUCAUCCAGUACAAGCAGCUUCAGCAGUACAGCGGGGGAGAGUGAAGCCAUGGAAGAAUAUGAGAGCAUGGGCAGCCAACCAAUGACUGCAUCACCCUUCAAACAGGAGGUGUUUGUCUACAGCCCCUCACCCAGCAACGAGAACCAAGCUGCCACUACCCCUGUAAUCAUGAGCAGGAGCCCAACAGAUAUAAAGAGCAGAAAUUCCCCUCGAUCGAACCUCAAAUUUCGAUUUGAUAAACUCAGCCAGUCAAGUUCUGGCUCAAGUACAUGAGCCAGCAUUUACUUGAAGUGAAUCCUCAGUCUUCAUUUGUAAACCUGUAAAGGUAUAUUCACAAGUUCCACGGAUAGUUACUGCCACGAUCCUUGAAUGGAUAUCUCAAAAUACCAACCAGUUCCCAACGAUUUGAAGAAGGAACUGCCAUUUUAGCACACUCCUUGUGUCCAGUGAAACUUGUCUUGUGAAGCGGAGUUCAAUAUCUGUCAAUCUAAUCCGUUUUGUCAAAAUUUCUAUAUAUUUUUUUUUAACUAUUCAUGGAGGGUAGAAAGCCUUGUUACCUGAUUUGCACAAUCUUUGUACUCAGCGCCACUUAUUUAUUCUCCCUGUGCCAAUUUCUUUGUGAAUAAGAAACCCUGGAAUAGAUGACAUGAGUGUGCUCUCAGUGUCUUUGGAUUUCCUCUAUAGAAACGGUUCUUGAGAUCUGAUAAAGAAGUUAUAAACCUGCUGCUUUUGUCUCUUGCUGGACCCUACUUGAAGCUCUUCCUCUGGCCUGGGCCAAGCUCCUUGCUGUAUCUGGUGUUAGUGUGCUGAUCAGCAUGCUGGAGACAGGUUGUCUACUUCAAACAUGGCUGCAUAUUUGUACAGGAAAACACCCUGUUCUAGCAUUUUUAACCUUUUGCUGAAAUGAUUGCCUAUAUUGGAAACAUAUAAUUCUUUAAGGUACCAGUAAAGAUAAAUAAUCUAUGUUAGUAAUAUAUACCGGUAUAUAUAUAAAUAUAAGGCAUGCAAAGAAAACAUGAGCCAACAUGACAACCAUAGAUCUCUGUUUAUCUACCUCUGCUGUGGUUCUUUUACACAGCCAGGCCAAAAUGCAUAUAAUGGGGCUGAAACCAUCAUCGAUUAAGCAGACUAGGCACAUGACAACUGCUUUCACUACAAAUUAAUGUUAAAUGUAUUAUUUUUCCAAGAUUUACUAAAUUACAAAACAUUUCAUACAAAUUUUCAGGCUUGUAUAUUGUAUGACAUUCUCUUUAAAGCUAUAUGUGAAUACACCAGAUUUUUUUUCUACAAUAGGUUAAAUUGCCUUGUUAUUUUAUAUUUGCCCUAGCUCAAUGUGAUGAAGUACAGCACAUCUCCACCAUGCCUCUAAAGCUGAUAUUUUGGAAAUGGCAGCUUUGUACAUCAUUCUUAUAAAUAUAAUCAUAUGGGAUAUCCUUAUAAAUUAUUGUGAAUAGCCAGUGCUAUACUGGAGAUAUAUAUAUAUAUACCUCCAGUUGUCUGUGUUUCCCAAAAUUGUGAGGUGUAUCAGGAAGUGGAUGGACUCGAGUGGGUUUGGUGUAGCAAGGUGUGUUCUUUUGUCUCAGACUGGCAGUGCACCCCCCCAUGGAUUUCAGUCCAGAAAUCCAAAAGUCUGCAUUUUGGGGCAGAACGAAGCAGCCAAUACCUUGGGGUUAUAACUCCCAAAAUCACCCCUAACAGUUCAGCUAGAAUGGCGAGUAAAGAGGAGUAGUAGUGGAAUGGGGAGAAAGGGUGAAAGUGUGGAUUUUAGGUACCAUUUGUAGACCAGGGAUCCCCAACCUUUUAUACCCAUGAGCCCUAUUAAAUUGGAAAAAGUGUUGGGGAGCAACACAAGCAUGAAAAAUGUUCAUGGGGUGAAAAUAAAAGCUAUAAUUGGCUAUUUGGUAGCCAGUAUGUGGACUGGCAGCCUAUAGAAGGCUCUGUUUGGCUUUACACUGGGUUUUAUCCAACCAAAACUUGCCAGAAAUUCAAAAAUGAGCUAGUUUGAGCCCCCUGGGAGCAACAUCCAAGGGUUUGCUGAGCAACAUGUUGCUUACAAACCACUAGGUGGGGAUCACUGCUGUAGACAAAGGGUUCUACUAAAUGAUUUAGAGAAAAACAUGGUGCCUGUUUUAAAUAAAACAAAUGGAGUUGCAUGCAACGUGCAUAUGGAGGUUGUAUUUUAAAGGGAGAAACCCAAGCUGGCAAGUGAUUUGCCUAGUGCCUGUCAAUGAGCCCUUUUAUAUAUCCAGUUAAGGCUACAGACAGGGAGUAUAUAACUGCAGUUUUUAAAAAACACAAGUUUGUGUAUGAAACACAAUUGCACCCACAUGCUUUUGUGUUGUGUGUUUUUAUUUUUUUCAGAAAUGUUUAGAGCCCCAGUGUUAAAGCAUUCAUGAGAUAAAAAGCCACAUCGUCUCUUAUCAUGAAAUGAGCAUGUUAGGAAGAACAUACACACAGUGAUGAUAGGAUAAGAUUCCAUAGAAGAAACAGACUUUUCCAUAUUCAUGGAACACAGUUUUGGGCAGGGGAAAAUUCCAACAUUAUAAGCAGAUUUUAAUUGUGUCCUCAGUCCUUAUGGGGCUAGUUCCCAUUAAAAUUAAGAUUUAGAUUAAUGCAGACAAAGAUAUUCAAAGUCAAUGUGCAUUCGGUCUUCAUUUUUUUUUUUUUGAAUGAUUUGACUUUUUGCAGCUCUCUAGUUUGGUCUGAUUUACCCUAGCAACAAGGCUGUAAAUAAAUAAAAUAACAGUAACAUUGUAACAUCACAGAGCAACAAUCUUUGGUCGAUGGGGUCACUGACUCCAACAACCAGAAUAAAUAGCACGCUACAAAAGGCAGAAGCAGACGGUAGUCCAUUCUAUAAUAUACUAAAAGUUGGCUUAAAGAUGAGAAACUUUUUAAAAAAGACUCCUUGGCUAUAGUUGAGAAUAUUCUCCCCAAUAAUAGAGUCCCACAGCUAUGUUUGUGCUACUGUACAUUAAAGGAACAUAAUUGAUGUUUAAAUACCUGGUGAUAGGUAACCUAUACAUCCUCGGGGAAGACUCCUUUACAUUUCAGCACUGUUUGCAGAAAAGGCACUAGUUAUUGGAUUAAAAUCAGGAGAGUUUUAAUCUCCAAACCAGUAGGCACCACAGUAAAACAGUGACCACCAUUGCAAGUGGGCAAUUCUGUUUUUGGUUUUUGGUAUUUUUUCUGGGAGUUUUUUGUGAAAUUUUGCAAUUUUUGUCUUUGGACAAUGUCAGGCAUGGCAUUUGGCCCCUAAUACUGCAUGUGUGUAUGCACUGAGCGAUACAAAAUCUUCCUUUCACUGCGCACACAAGGCAGAAAAUGCAAACAAGCUUUAUUAUUUAGACUUCCAAAGGUCUAAGGUUUACAAGCAGGUGGUCCUACCUUUGACAAAACACCCUUUUCCGUAUUUAUGUAUCUCUUUUCAUGAAGUUCUUAAUGUGUUGCAUUAGAGAUGUGGGCCCUGAAGCCUAAUCACAAGUCAUUAUUAAUCCAACUAAACGUCUGGGAACUCAUUGUGUAUUUCAUACUAACUGUAAUAUUGAAAUGACUCUGCGCUCCCAAUGCUUGGAAAUCAGCCAUGCUCAUCUUGAGCCACUGGCUGCCUUAUUAAAUAAUUUGAAAGACUAUAUAAACCUCCUAUUUCUAUCAUUUUGCUUCAUUAAUCAAUCAAAAUUAUUUAAAAUGGGGUAAAUAUACAUUAUAGACAUUCAUAGGCUUUAUAAAGGGAGACAAAUUUAAAGAAAUACAAGGUCUGCCAAAUUGCAACACAUUUUUUAUAUAUCAGAACGAUUCUGGAUUCAGUUUCCGUUUUUCUCCCUGUACCAGCAGGCUUUGUGGCCUAUCUGAGGUCAGCGCAUUUAGUUACCCUUACUAUUGUGUUUUGUUCUAUGAAAGUCUGUCCCUAUUUUCUAUGUGCAUUAAAUCUGUCCUUUUUAUUUAUUGUGCAAAGGUUUCUGAUCUGAUCAGUAUGAGAGACUGGGGGAUUUGUUUACUGUUGCAUUUUCUCCUGUGAAUGUUAGUCAUUCUGAUAGGCUAAUUAUGUGUUUGGUUUAUUGUGAUCACCGCUAAAUAUCUGAGCUGGGGUAGAUCUGUGUUGUAUAGUACUGUGAAAAUUACGAAAAUUCUAUUAGGAAUUAAAUAUCCACUAAAGAAUCUGUAAAAAAAAAUCAUUAUCAUUAAGAGAGAGAUCUAUACAGAGAUAUAUAAUACUUUAAACACAGAGUAAUUUUUUUUACCAAAGAGUUUUCAGAAUGGUAUACUUGGUGAGAAGUGACAACAUAUUGAAUUCUAUUAAAUAUACUCCACUGGAAUCCUGUUCAGGUCUAUGGCCUACACCAAACUUCUUAUAUAAGAAUAACUGACAGACUUUUUUUUAGACAUAAAUAGUAUUUUGGAAAUUAGCAAAUAUGGUGAUUGGUCAACAGCCCUCCACCUGCUCCCCAAUGUAAAACUGCUCAGUUAUGGACAUACAUCUCAUUACUUUGUAUCCUGUGCAACCAGAGAUGAGGCACCAAGCUGCACCCAGCCUAUGAGUCCUAUAGUUAAGGCUUCCAGCUAAUGUCUGAGAGAGUGAUCCAUUAUAUGAAAUGUGGUCCAUUUACCCAGUUUGAUUUACUGUCCUGUUUAAUGUGUGUUUAAAAAAAAAAAAAAAAAAAUAUGGUUUAAUUAUUUUUAGUACCUUUUUUAUAUAUAGUAUAGCCAUAUUUAAAUAUUUAAAGUACGUUUUAUUGACUUUGGAGUCCAUUAUUAGUAGUAGGUUGAAGAGCUCAUAUAUGAACACAGUAAAGUGCAAAAUUGUCACAAAUUUUCUCAAAAGCCCAGCAUCAUUUCAGGUGCCCAGUUAGUAAUGUCCUCAGUAACUUGCAAUGUGCAUAAAUACCAGCUUCUAGUUCAUUUGGCUCAAGUCAGUUGUGUCUAUGGACCCAAGCUGCUAAGGGAACCUUGGAAAUGGCAGCAGGUCAAAGCUGCAGAUUAUGCCAAGGGGCCAUUGCAUCCAAGCAAGCAAGCAGUUCAUCAGGGGAGGCUGAAGCAUUGGUACUUACUUCACUUUGCUGAGGGCAUCAGUAUACACAUAUAACAUCAUAAAUAUCCAGUGCAAACUUAAUUUUGCAUGCACUUUGCAAAUAGUCCUGGCAUUCGUAUAUGAGCCCUUUUAUCUUUCAGUAUGUCCAUAUAAAAUCACAAGUUGAUGGUGUAUUUUAUUGUACUGUACAAUUAAUGAAUCCAAAAUGUACCAAAGUAAUCAAGUUUUCAAAAUAGGAUUUCAAAAUGAAAUUUUUCCAUGGAGACUGGUCCCUCUGUUGCCCACAAUCUGGGCCUAUGUCAGCCAAGAGCUAAGACUAAGGGGAAUAAAAGCUAUUUUCUAACCAGUUAAGAACCAUACCUGUGCUACAUAUCUCAUUUUGUGCUGUAAGCCCAAAGCCACGUGGCCCAAGACCUUUUCUGAUAUCAGUAUAUAUAUAUAUAAGACUUAUGCUAUUUCAUGCAUAUAAAUGCUGACUUUAUUGCACUUUAAAACACACUGGGACUUUAUGACAUGCAAAAUGCCCUUGGACUUUUGGUGACCAAAAAAAUAGCUUAUAAUUUUACUUAUGCCAUGGCAUCCAUAACAUUUUAGUGGGCAAAUCAGUAACCAUUUCAGAACUGGAGAUGCGGCUGAAAUUUCUGACUUGUUUAUGUUUCUCAGUCUGUUGAGUUCAAUGAUGUUAAUUUAUUUCUUACUCGUUGUCAGUUGUUCUGUUGCAGCUAGAAAAAUGCAGAAAAUCUUGUACAUAGCCGCAUGCUGAGCUAUCGUUUCUGCCUAACUGUAGCAUUAGAGAAAUGCAGCCAUUAAGCAGGACCCAGUUCUAAUUUUAGACUAUGAAGAUCAGUUCUGAAUUUUGCGGGUUUAUGUGAGAGGGGAAAUCAAUACAUCUCUUUAUAUUCUUUUUAGAUAGGUGGUGCUUACUGUAAGUCUUCAGUGACCUCUGGCUGUAAAUACUGUACAUUUAAUUUAUUGCUAUGGUCUAGUCCUGUAUAGAAUGAAAUCUAAAGUUCACAAAUGUAUAUUUUGUUGCUUAAAUGUGUCUUUGCAGAAUUCACAAUAAAUGACCUAUUUUAUGUGCCCUGG